AUGAACAGAAAACCACAGGACAAAACUGAGAAAACCAAGGAAGGAGCUGCUCCUGCUAACAGCACUGUGGGGAGAACAGCAGGACACUCAGGGGAAAUCAAAGAAGAACCUGUCUAUGCUGAUGUGGCAGCUCCUCCAGACCAGAGGUGUCUCUUCUUCACUCAGUCUUUUCCACUGAUAGCAGUGUGUUGGCUCAUACUGUUGGUCAUCAUGGGCCUUCGUAUCUACUUUACUGCUGUCAUUUCUGAAAACAACACACAGCUGACUGCUGAAAACCAGGAGCUGAAGACACUGAUGACACAAAACUAUACUGUCUUAGAAAACAAGAUCACAAACCUGAUGGAAGAACUCCUGAACCUGACAACACAAAACAAGGAACUGAAGAGGAACUAUAACAAUCUGACACAAGCCAUUUCUGUCUUACAAAACAACUGGAACGAGCUCAAUGUGACUCGAGCUCAGUGGAGCAUUGAUGCUUACUGCCCCAUAAGAAAUAACGAGAGACAGUGUGCAGCUUGUCCGGUUGGCUGGAUACACAGACAGCCAAGCUGCUAUGCCAUUAAUGAUCGUGAAUGGAAAACCUGGGAAGAAGCUCAAGAAAACUGCAGAGGGAAGGGUUCAGAGUUGGCUGUCGUAUAUAAUCAACAGGAGAGGAACUUCAUCAGUGAUUACAGUUUCAACAGUUUUGGACCUGAUGGAUACUGGAUUGGCCUGAGAGCUGUAGAUGGGCGAUGGAAGUGGGUGGAUGGAAGUUACAUGACUUAUAGCUCCUGGAUAGAAGCUCCAACUGAAGGUCACUGUGCAAUUUCUGUACAGAGCAAUGGGUGGAAAUCAGUGAGCUGUGGUAACAGCCACAAAUGGAUCUGCAAAAAAAAGGCUUUAUCUCUUUAA